AUGACUGGCAACGGAGUCCAGGGUGAGUUCCGAAGGAACAAAGUUCCUCCAGUUGAACGCACCAACUUACGACGAGAGACAGUUCGGACAAAAACUACACCGGCAGCCGUGCUCUUUGUCGGAACGUCCGGUGGACCUGAUCUUUCACGGAGGCAUGCCAGAAAACUUGGGACUACAGGGCUAAGCAAUCGAAAACAACCCGCAUGGAAGAGUUGGUGCGCACUUGAGAGAGAUGACGGGCACAGCUGGAAAAAGCAGGGCGAACCUUUUCGUCCAACAAGGGCAAACGAUUCGAAGCAGAUAGGCUCCGCUCGAGAGAAAAGCUUUGGCCAAAGCGCUUCUUUCCGAGCGUUGUCGGCAAUAUACAAUCAUACAAAAGAGCGUGCAGUGAACGACAGUGCUUGUGUGGCUAGAUGGCUGCGAGUUGCGCUCAGUAGUGCGACGCUCGUCGCUCGAUCUUUAACUUUCUCGUUUAAGCUUGCAAGAAGUGACUCGAAGCGACUAGGGCCCAGUCUACGUCACUUUUAUCAUUUGCUUUCAUGGAGAAAGUCCGGAACUACCUAUGGAGCACAAAGUGCAGUCGAAGUCUCCGGAGAGAACCUCGACUCUCCUCGUUUAUCGCAAAUGAAUGGACUAGUGCGCUACGCUGCGUGGGCUUCCAGAUUCUUUUUCAAGCGACUCGAUCCAUCGAAUUUGAAUAUCAAAAUAUCCUGGAAACAUCUCGUUCAUGUAGCAGGUCAUCGCGAACUUCUAGGGUCGAUUCGGGGCCACCUUCCAUCGGAAAACAGUAACCUGAUUGUGCACGAUGAGGCUCUGGAGCCAGCUUCGGGGCUCAUCUCUGCUGCUAGCCGCUUCUCAAUGUGGUUUCGACAAUUACAGUCUACAACUGGAGCAUUUACGGGUUUGUCUCGUAAGCGAUUAUCACUGCACGUACACUCAUCGGGGCGAAAGACUUACGCAGAUGCGCGGCUGUUUAAUACGUAUCGCGUUUUACCGUCAACGACUCGAGGCCAGAUUACAGCUGUACCAGUUGCUAUCGCUCUAAGCACCCUGUUUUUUCUUUUUCUCGGAAUGGACGCAGUCAACGCCGGCGUUGUUGGGCUCAGUACUGCCGCGCUUUCUAUUACGAUUAGCAAGAACACUGAUACUACAAAGUUCUUGCUUCCAUCUGGACGACGUACACGGGAAACGCGAAACUCACACUUGGUGACAAAGAGCAACGAUACUCGGGUACUUCUUCGCUAUCACUCGCAUAUUAUGGACUGGUUUCACCGUCGGAGGCUUCCUCUCGAUCCCACGUGGGCAUUGUCGAGAACCAGAAUAAGGCGAGAGCUGAUCAAUCAACCUCUACAGGCGAACCAGAGAGCAUCCUCGAUUGCAAGGGACACAGACGGGGGUUUCCAGCUCGAUGCAGCAGAUGACAGCCGCCAAAUGGAUUCUGUUGUGAAUAUUCCUGCCUCUUCCGCUCGGACGAGUACUCCUCACGUAUACAGGAUACGACGCUUUGGGUAUUUGAAAAACCACGUUCGAAACCAUGUUCGCCUUUGGCGGCAUUCUGUUGCAUUUCCGUCCGGGCGCGCGAUGAAACCAACUGGGCAUAUGUAUUCUGAUGGAAAGUACGAGAUCUAUGCCUAUGCCUCCGGCGGCAAGGUUGAAUCGGCGCACCGCCUUAGCUUGAAUCAUCUAGAUGUGGGCGUUCCCAGAUCGAACCCGACAGUUAUUGAUACUAUCAGUAGGAACCUGCCACCUGAACAGACGCUUCUCCAAAAAUUUCUUCUGUGCAUGGACAGGAUUCUGUACAAUUUAGAAUCUCGGGUCCAAAGGGCAAUACGUCGACUGAGGGAUCUUGGAAUAUGGUCCUUGUCUACCGCAAGAGGCAAACGAGAACUAUUGGUAACAAUCAAAGAUCGGGGGAUCGAAGAUUCAUUUUAUGACAAGUAA